AUGAGUGCGCCGUUUUCCCUGCGGUCGGCUAUGGGCCCAUGUCGAGUAGUCUCCAAUACCUUCGCAGGGAGAUUCCGGCUCUUGCUUAAACGGUCGCUUGUACAGCUUCCACGAAACCAUUACCUCACAUGCCCAAACCGUGAUCUUGAGUCAUCCUAUGCUCCGCAAUGGCUUCAAGUUACCCGAAGCUAUGCAAGCAGCGCGUCACUUCCUUCUCCUGCUCCUGUGGUCCCAUACACAUCCCUGACCGUGGGUGUGCCUCGUGAAACGUUCCCUAAUGAGCGCCGUGUUGCUCUUACACCCCAAAAUGUUGCUCUAUUGCUAAAGAAAGGCUUUUCCCGUGUACUCGUCGAGCGUGGUGCCGGAGAGUGUGCCCAGUUGCUUGAUCAGGUAUAUGAGAAAGCAGGGGCUACCUUAGUGGAUCAAGCAACCGUGUGGUCUGAGAGUAACAUCGUCUUGAAGGUCCGCAGUCCCCAAGAAGGCCCUUUCAAUGAGGUAGCGGCCUUGAACAGGGACUGCACUAUUGUUUCUUUCCUGUAUCCGGCCCAAAAUAAGCAACUUGUCGAGAAAAUUGCUUCACGCGGUGUAACUGCUUUCGCUAUGGACAUGGUUCCGAGAAUUUCCCGUGCACAGACAUUUGAUGCUUUAAGUUCCAUGGCCAACAUUGCCGGAUACAAGGCUGUGUUGGAAGCGUCAAACCAUUUUGGUCGUUUCUUAACCGGCCAGGUCACGGCUGCGGGGCAGAUACCUCCUAGUAAGGUUUUGGUUAUCGGGGCUGGUGUUGCCGGCUUGAGUGCUAUUGCGUCGGCCCGUCGCAUGGGCGCUAUUGUUCGAGGAUUCGAUACGCGACCGGCAGCUCGUGAACAAGUCCAGUCACUCGGUGCAGAAUUCAUCGAAGUCGAUAUUGAAGAGGACGGUUCUGGUCAGGGCGGAUAUGCGAAGGAAAUGUCCAAAGAAUUCAUUGAAGCAGAAAUGAAACUCUUCAUGGAACAAUGCCGCGAGGUGGAUAUCAUUAUUACUACUGCACUUAUCCCUGGAAAAUCUGCCCCAAAACUCAUUACCAAAGAGAUGCUUGAGGCUAUGAAACCCGGCUCGGUAGUUGUUGAUCUCGCAGCAGAAGCUGGCGGAAACUGUGAAGCAACUGUUCCUGGUCAACUGACAACCUAUAAUGACGUGACGGUCAUCGGUUAUACCGACCUGCCUUCACGUUUACCAACUCAAUCCUCGACGCUGUACUCCAACAAUAUCACCAAGUACCUCCUGUCCAUGGCUCCCCAGGACAAAUCUUUUGGAAUCGACUUGAACGAUGAGGUCGUUCGAGGCUCAAUAGUAACUCUAAAUGGAGAAAUACUUCCCCCAGCACCGCGAUCAGCACCUCCACCUGCCCCUAAAACUCAUGCAGCAGCCCCAGCCACUGAAAAAACAGAGUUAGCCUUAACUCCAUGGCAAAAGGUCACUCGUGAAGUUGCUACCACUGCCGCCGGAAUGGGAACCGCUCUCGCAUUGGGCAAAGCAACUGGCCCCGUUUUUAUGAGCAAUAUGUUGACAUUUGGACUUGCUGGUUUGGUUGGCUACCGUGCCGUAUGGGGCGUUGCCCCGGCUCUUCAUUCUCCGCUGAUGAGUGUUACCAAUGCAAUUUCGGGUAUGGUCGGCAUUGGAGGAUUCUUCAUCAUGGGUGGAGGAUAUCUUCCCACCACGGUCCCAGAGUACCUCGGAGCAGCCUCGGUCCUUCUAGCCUUCAUGAAUGUAUCGGGAGGUUUUGUGGUAACGAAACGCAUGCUGGACAUGUUCAAGCGCCCAACCGACCCUCCCGAAUACCCCUGGCUAUAUGCCAUUCCCGGCGUUUUAUUCGGAGGGGGAUUCCUCGCAGCUGCUAGUACUGGCAUGGCUGGGCUAGUACAAGCAGGUUAUCUUGUCAGCAGUUUGCUCUGUAUUGGCUCUAUUUCCGGCCUCGCAUCCCAGCAAACCGCUCGCCGAGGAAACAUCUUCGGUAUCCUGGGUGUCGGUGCUGGAAUUCUCGCAUCCCUGGCAGCCGUUGGAUUCUCGCCUGAAGUGCUAACCCAGUUUGCCGCCGUUGCGGGUGUCGGAUCCCUUGUUGGAGCACUGAUUGGGCGUCGAAUUACGCCAACUGGACUUCCUCAGACUGUUGCUGCUCUUCAUUCAGUUGUUGGACUUGCGGCGGUGCUAACCAGUAUUGGAAGUGUGAUGGCUGACAUUGGUCACAUUUCUAUGCUACACAUGGUAUCAGCCUACCUCGGCGUCCUUAUCGGCGGUGUUACUUUCACGGGAUCGAUUGUAGCAUUCAUGAAACUUGCGGGGCGAAUGUCCUCAAGGCCGCUUGUUCUACCCGGUCGACACCUGCUUAAUUCUACCUUACUUGGGACCAAUGUAGCUACUAUGGGUGUAUUUGUCACUAUGGCACCCGCUAAUCCCGCAAUUGCCGCUACUUGUUUGGGUGCAAAUACCGUACUCAGCUUCUUGAAGGGUUACACAACAACAGCUGCUAUUGGUGGAGCUGAUAUGCCUGUCGUUAUCACUGUUCUCAACGCAUAUUCUGGGUUCGCUCUGGUCGCAGAGGGUUUCAUGCUCAACAACCCUCUACUCACUAGUAUUGGGUCUUUGAUAGGAGUGAGCGGCUCGAUUCUAUCCUAUAUCAUGUGCGUUGCCAUGAACCGAUCUCUCACGAACGUCCUAUUUGGUGGAAUUGCGACUCCCCAGCAAUCACCAAAGAAGAUCGAAGGAGAGGUCACUCAGACCACCAUUGAAGACACAGUCGAGUCGUUGUCGAAUGCUGAGAACGUCAUCAUUGUUGUUGGAUAUGGGAUGGCUGUAGCAAAGGCCCAGUACGCGCUGGCCGAAAUCACACAUAUGCUACGCUCUAAAGGCAUAAAUGUAAGGUUCGCCAUCCAUCCUGUUGCGGGACGGAUGCCGGGCCAAUGCAAUGUUUUACUUGCAGAGGCUUCGGUUCCUUACGAUAUUGUGCUUGAAAUGGACGAGAUCAAUGAUGACUUUGCCGACACGGAUUUGACUCUUGUUAUUGGUGCCAAUGAUACAGUUAACCCGAUUGCCCUGGAGCCAGACUCGCCAAUCUCGGGAAUGCCCGUUUUGCAGGCAUGGAAGAGUAAGGAAGUGAUUGUGAUGAAACGUGGGAUGUCCAGUGGAUAUGCCGACGUGCCUAACCCGAUGUUCUAUAUGCCCGGAACACGGAUGUUGUUUGGAGACGCGAAGACCUCAUGCGAUGCUAUCAAGGCCGCCCUUGAGGCUCGUAAGUAGGCGAGGUUCUGUGAAUAUGGGUUUUCAGUCGUAUCUUCCAAUUCGGCUUUUAGUUUUCUUGCGUUGUCAAUAGUGUGCAUUUCUACAGUGCAAACCUCCACCACCCCCCCUUCCCUGCCUCAUUCGGACGUUGCCACUUUAAUUGUACAUCCAUUUGCGCGGAAAUCUUACAUCUAUCAUUUCCAAGCUUUCCGUAUCAUCAAUCAAUCGUAGGUUUCAUUCAAGGGAAUCCCGUGUGAGCAUCUCGUGCUGAAUGAGGAUUGGACAUUGCAGAACCUAUUCAAUUACUUCACAGCAGAAAAACCACCCAACAGUAAGCCAUUACACUGAUAUACAUAGUUCAGAAAUCCAAUGAGCACGUCUCCCUCUA